AUGGACAAAGAACAGUUCAUCAAUGAGGCCAAAAGACAGUUGCUAGAUGAGAAACAGUAUUUCCAAUUGAGGAAAGACCCCACAGAUGAAUUCAGAUUUGAAUUGGAACAUCUGUUAGAUGAAGGCAGGGAAUUAGGAUUAUUUGAUGAUGAUACCUUCAAUUAUCUACAAGUAAAAUUUCCCAUUAGGCCUACUUUCAAUCACUUGCCCAAGGUACAUAAACCUGGAGCAGAGGCUCAAGGCAGACCUAUCAUUAGUGGGAUCGGCUCACUCACAGAAAGGCUCUCACAAUGGCUGGAUGCAAUACUCCAACCUUUUGUGGAGAAUCUACAGAGCCACCUAGUGGAUACAAAACAUCUGCUCAACCUUCUAGAAAAUGAAGGUUGGAAUGCAAACAAUUUAUGGUUAACCAUAGAUGUUAAAUCGCUCUAUUCUUCCAUACCUCACAAACAAGGGAUAAAAGCAGUUAGGCAUUUCCUGAGGUUGAUUUUAGUUAUUACGUUUUUGUCAGAGAUGGAGUCGUUGGGAGAUGUAAACCGGGAAUCCCGCAUAGUGAGCAGUCUGGACAACCAGGGACACUGUAUACUUAGUACACUAGCAGAGGUUGUGGAGAGAGUGAUGAGCUUCCUUCCCAGCAAGGCCCUCAUGAGAGCAGCCUGUGUCUGUAGAUUAUGGAGAGAUUGUGCACAACGCAAGAUGAAAAACAGACAGAGGGUGACUUGGAUCUCCUGCUCCCAAACCAUUGUUUGCAAAAGACAGUAUCAUUCAUUUGUUGAGGUGGUCAAAGAAGAGAUAGAGAAGUUGUACGUGGUACCUGAGACAUUUCUAUAUUUUACAGACUCAAACGCUUCUGUCACUGCCUACUGUGGAACUAAGAGUAGAACUGAAACUUCAGUUACACUGAAGAACAUUUUACCAAAAGAGUGCAAGAUAUUGGGCCUAAUCGCCCCAGGGAUUGUAGUUACUCCCAUGGGAUCAGCUAGUAACCGUCCUAUAGAACUGGAGGAAGGAGUAGCUGGUGUUGCACUUGUUUUACCCAAAAUUAAUGGGGUAAAGCUCCAGAAAUUCAAUUUCCGUAAAGACAACAGAAGAAGGGGGUUUGAUGAAUGUAAACUUGAAGAGGCGGGCCUUAAAAACAACCCAGAACUGAAAGUGGUUCUAAUUUUUGGGUACAAUACAUGGAAACCUGGAGCUAACCGUUUUCUACACCAGGUGUUAAACCCUCUGAAUGAAAAAAGCAUAAUAAUUGCAGGGGGACAGAUCGACCACCUGGUAUACUCAAGUGAAAAGGCACAAGAUUCUGACCGUAUUGGUAUUGCAGGACUGUCUAUUAGUGGGCCUCAGAUCCAGGGGGCCACAGUGCUUCUAGAUCAGUAUGUGUAUGAUGAGAAGACAGCGGACUCUGCUAUGCAGCGUUUGAAAGCUGCAAAUAUCCCAGAGUAUAACAGUGUCGGAUUCAUGUUUGCUUGUAUUGGCAGAGGAGAACAGCAUUACAAGAAGAGUAAUGUAGAGGCAGAUACCUUUCGAAAACAUUUUCCCAAUGUACCCUUGCUUGGAUUCUUUGGCAAUGGUGAGAUAGGCUGUGACCGGGUUGUGAGUGGGAAUUUUACUCUACGUGAGUGUAAUGAUGUGAAGGAUGAUCUACUGCAUGGAUAUACCACAGUAAUGACUAUCAUUCAUUUUGGACCAUCCAAGUAGCUUCCACCACUCACAAACUAAAUUGUGAGCUAAAAAACUGUUUCAUUCUACCACCUAUCUUGGCCUAUAAACUAAAGGUGUGGAUAUGCUGUAAUCUUAUAGCUAUUAAACUGGCAAAUAAUCUGGAAUUUCUGUUUCAUCUUCCUUAAAAAAUAAAAUUUAAUUUAGUGACUACUUUUGUAAAAA